CGCCUGCCACGCGCGCAACACGCAACUCGCCUCUGCCCGCUCCACACACCCUCCACAGGUUCCCGGGAUGACGCCGCCGGCGCUGCUGCUGCUCCUGCUUCUGAUGGCCGCGGGCGGCGCGCUGCAGUCCCGCGCCGACGCCGACGCCGAGGCGGCCGCCGUGGACGACGAGGGCGCCGGCGGAGACGGCGACGGCGAGCUGGGGCUGGUGCAGACGACGCCACGCAGCAACUUCCUGCGCCUGGGCCGGGCCGGCGGCGCGCACUCCGCCUUCCUGCGGCUAGGCAGGGACAGGGCCUCCUCGGGCUUCCUGCGGCUGGGCCGCGGCUCCGAGCGCAACUUCCUGCGCUUCGGCAGGUCCCGGCAGGACGGGGAGCAGGUGGCCGAGGACGACGAGCUGCUGUCCAGGGCGGGCCGCUCCGGCAUGGCGGACCCUCUGACGCGCCACGACCGCAACUUCAUCCGCUUCGGGCGCUCGGGGCGCUCCGGGACCGCGCAGCAGCAGGCAGGCGCCGAGCCAGCUCUGUGGGCGGCGCUGCUGGACCCGCGACUGGCCGUGCUGCCCGCGCCAGCGGGCGCCGACGACGCCGACGUGGACGGCGCCGCCGGCAGCGGCAGGGGCCGCGUCUCCACCAGGAGCUUCCUCCGGCUGGGCUAGGCCGCCCUCUCGCCCUCGUCCUCUUCAGAGCACCACACAGGAAAGCGGUGGCGCACACCGUUCAAAGAAAAUUAAUUCCUAUGUCGUCUUCAUUUGCGACCAGUUCGUUUCUAUAAAAAUUUUCGUAGCAUCUCUUUGUUGGUUACCACACAACAGGUGGCAAUUUCAUGUUGAUGAAGUUUCACUUAGUAAUUAUUUAUGUUCGUGAAGAUUCAUUGUUAUUUAUUUGAAAAUUCAUAAAUACUUUGCCUGAUCGUAGAGCAAUGAUUAUUGCCAACACUUGGCAUAAAAUUCAGAUAAUGCAAUGUAAAAACUUUACUGGAUCGUGUAGCCAGUUUGCAUUCCUUUAAUUAUGUGUUUAAUUAUUUAGUCUUAAAGUUUGAUAAUGUAAAAUGGUAUUAAGGAAUAAAUUCUCAUAAUUUAAUUGCUGUUGAUUCCCUGGAGAGGACGAAUUGAGAUUGUGAGGCCUUUAAAUACCUAAUGUACUCUGAAGUUUCUAUUAUUCUUAUUACUACCUUCGUCACUGUUUAUUUCAAAAUUUAACGUAGCGCACAAUGUAACGUUCUGUACCCUGUGUAGCUAAGGACUUUCAUUGUUCUAACAAUUGUUAUUCACUUCUGUGCAUGUGACUAAUAAAGUUUUACUUUCAUUGA